AUGGGAGGCAGUGAAAGUACGAGAAGAAAAGUGUCAUUCGGCCUGGAUGAAGAAGAGAAGGUCACAGUAAUUCAAGGAGUUAAGGUAAGUAAGCGACUGCUUGGAAAACGGCGACUUUCACUGCCAAGUUCAAAUAAUUUGACAUGGCGACAGAGAAAUUAAAUGCAAUAUAGGCCUAAUAGGCUAUAUUUAGUGUAUAUAUAUCCGUGACUUUUGGUUGCAUUACCGUAGCUCUAGUAAGUGUAGUAGGCAGUAUAGAACGCCAAUGGUUGUGUAUUAUUAAGAAAAUGAAAGUAACAGACCCGCAUUCUAAUGUAAUGCCAUGUCCUCAAGUGAAUUCGGUCACGGUUCCCCCCCAGCCCGCUAUGCGUCGUUGUCUGGACAGGACGGUACACUAUCGGCUAUAUGUAGGCUACAGAGAAUAUGCAACCGUAAUGGACUCGUUCUAGGCUACUACAAUAAUAUCCUUAGACCACAUCUUUUUCACAAACACAAUUUAUAUCUCAAAUAUAUUAGGCUAUGGCUUAUAAUAUUACAGGUGUAGCUUUGAGCAAGUAGAAUAUUCCCACAUCACGUGCAGAUGUAACGUCAAUGUAGGCAUGUAGGCCUAGAGCAGACGAUACAUUUGGAUACAUUGUAACAAGACACUGUCACAAUAUGACAAUGUUACAACUAUCACUUAUUAAGGAAGUCAUUGGCAAUUUUUUGAAGUUGCCCUACAUAAAGUUAUGAAAAAUAAAUGUUAUUUGGACUAGGGCAGCAAGUUAUUGUCAACCCCACUAUCUUCUUACAUUAUACAAUACAUGUGCCCAAAUCAACUUGUUUAAAUAACUUGGGUCACACUUAUGGUACUCUUAUUACUGAGGAAUUAUCUCUGUAAUACAGUCUUAUAACGUAUAAAGCUUUGGCUACUCAUUGCUAUACUUUAGUUUGGGUAAGGGUUAGUCUAUUGUUGUAAGUGCAGGCUAACAAUGCUGUGACAAUAGUUAUUGGCCUAUAUACUGUUCAGGAGUAAUUACAAUCCAAAAAAUACACUUUAAAGUGGUAACAAACUUUGAAAUAAUAAUUUGGCUAUUAGCCUAUAUUUUUUUACACUUAGGUCUUGGUGUAAGCACCCAUUGCUUUGAAUGUCCGUCUGACCUGUUUUGCACAAUGUAACCUACUAUUACGCAAUUCACAGCUCUCAGGGGAGCUUCUCCAGCGGAUGCGAGAUUCGCAGGGAACAGACAGCGUCAAUCCACCGCCACCCCAGCCUGGCAGCCACAAACCUGCACCAGGUAUGGAAGAGCGCAGCAACCUAAAUGCUCAACUGAACUGCGAUUUAGGAGAUAAAGUAGGCCUUUUGGUCCCAGGGAAAUACAUGUUUGUAACAAUGAUUUAGAACCACUUUGGAGAUUUUAUCAUAGACUACAGUAAUAGUACAUUUGUAUUGUUAUGUUAGCCGACUGUCUUUUGUAAGUGAUUAUCAUGGAAUUGGGAAAUGGAUAUAAUGGACCGUUUAUUAUUCAAUGGCUGGAUGUAUUACAGAUCCAAGACCUGGCCCCACUGCUGCUGAGGCACAGGAGGAGCUGCGGAGAAAGUGAGUUAAACUGCCACUAGUAUACACUUUACACCAGAGGUCUCCAACUCCAUUCCUGGGUGUGCAGAAUUUUCUUCCAGUCUAGUAACACACCUGAUUAGAAUAAUGUAUGUUGCUCAAACCUUUGCAUAAAUCAUGUAUUGACUGAUAUCAAUACAACUGUUGCAUGUGUAUGCCUAUCUUAAGUUAGGAUUUGACACCUUAGUGCAGUGUCACUCAAUCCAUUCCUGGAGGACCAUUCAUGGGGCACCCCCGGGGGAUUUACUAAUCAAAUUGACGGUCUGUGAUAUCCUUAGGUUGAUCGUAAUACCUUUCAAGCUAUAUAAUGUAUAGAACUGGACACUAGCCAGACAUGUAAUUCUGAGAAGGAAUGUGUAGGCUAAGAGAGCUGUCGACACAUCAUGUUGCUCUUAUUUACUGCCAGCAGAGUGGCAGUAGGCCAUGUCAACAGCAAUGGCUCACUAUAUGGUUGGGAUGCUAACGGCUCAUGUCUAUGUCAUGCUAUAUGCUAGGCUAACUAGCAUCUCAGUUUAGUUUAACUUCUCAUGAGCCACCUCUGUGACACCCUGGGCCGGUUGCCAUGGCCGAGAUUAAACUGCAGUCCAUUUGUCUUCCUAUGGCAGGGGUGGCCAACCAGGGGUGGCUGACUAGGUAUGCAGGUUUUUGCUCCAGCCCUGCUCUAUCCUGCCUGAUUCAGCUAAUCAAGAUCCCAAUGAGCAGCUGAUUAGUAGCCAGGUGUAUUAGGGCUGGAGCAAAAGCCUGCAUACACAGUAUCUCCCCACAAAGAGGGUUGGCCACCCCUGCAUUAUAGGUUGGCUGUGAUAUUUAGUGUGUCUCAUGUUCAUCAUAUGUCCUGUGUGUAGGUUUGAGAGGGAGCAGGCCCAGGUGCAGGAGCAACUGUUUCGACUGGCCCAGAGGGAGAGAGAGGCAGCAGCAGCCACAGCAGGGAGGAAAGGGGAGGCCCACGAUGACCUGAACCCCGCC